AAAACAGCUGGGAAGGCGCUUUGCCUCUUUACAGAACCCCAGUUAUUUGAUAAAGGUCGGCAUUUGCUCCUACUGUGUUUUAAUUUUCGCUCGACAGGAUGUCUUUUCCUUCCUCUUUCGGUACGCAGGUCGCCGCCAUCAUGGAUGUGUUAGCGAAAGCUGCGGUGGCCGAAAUAACGAAGCUGGUGGAGGACGGGAGUGUGGUUCUGCGCCUGGAGAUGUGUCGGAGGGACAAUGAGAUUCAGGAGCUCAAAAGAAGUUUGAAAAUGAUGGAGGUUGAACUCAGCAACGCUCAAGAAGCAGCCACGACCCGAGCUACUGAGGACAAACAGAUCCAAACAGCAGCCGGGAGAAAAGAUGAAAAAGAAGAUCGGGAAAUGUGUGCUGUGUAUCAGGAGCCAAAGUCUGGCCAAUCACUGUGUGAGCCUGGACAUGGAACAGAGGAGAGCCAUGACACGAAGCCCGCAGUGAAACACGAGCCGUUAGAUGGACUUGCCACCCCAGAAACGACAGACAACACUGUAAAAGCAGACGUUUGCUUUGAGGCGGGAGAGAGAGAUGACCUGAUCUGGCCUCCUCCUGCUUGCAGCAUGUUUGAGAAAAGCUCUGCUGCAAUGCAGCAGCACAUACAGAUUUUCCCGCCUCAUGCUGAGCAAUAUGCUGCUCAUAGAAAUACAGAAAGUUCCUAUAACUCUUCAUCAUCUGCAGCAGAGAAAAUAGCAGAUGAUUCCUUAAGUGUGCCGAUAAAAGUAGAGGUAGAGGUUCAACCAAUAGGCAUGGGAAGUACCACUUCAGAGUCUGUUCAUAAUGAACAGUUCAGACACGCUUCACACCCUCCAGUCAGUCAGGAGCAGCGCUUGCAGUCUGCUUUACAGCAGGCCGGGCCCUCACUAGCCCCACCUCAUGCACAGAGGUCCACAGCAGAUACGUCAGGAUCAAACACAGACUAUCACAUCCUCAAUAGAAACAACCUGAGAGGAAAAAGGCAAAUGAAUGUUUGGAGAACGAAUCAGAAACUGUUCAUCUGCCUGGUUUGCAACAGGGGCUUCCCUCGCAUGUCUCAGCUAGAAGAGCACAAGGCCUCCCACCAGCCCUUUAAACCUUUCAGGUGCCUCGAGUGUGGAAAAUCUUUUACCCAGAAGACGCGGUUGAAGACGCACCAAAGUGUGCACACAGGGGAGAGGCCGUUUAGUUGCAAAAUCUGCGGCAAGAUGUUUUCGAGGCAGGACAACUGCCUGAGACACGAGCGGUUCCACAGUGGGCUGAAGCCCUACAGCUGUGGACAGUGUGGUAAAAGCUUCACUGUGCUGGGUAACCUCAAAAUACAUCAAGAGAUUCACCUGCAAGGAAGAUAGCGCUCAGGGACAGAGGCUCUAAGUGACUCAAGAAAGUUACGAGAAUUUGCACGGUGUACUUUGGCAGUUGUAAUGCAGUGAAUGCAGCCAGAAAAUGUGGACCUUGUAUUCCAGGUGACAAGGCAGGGUUGCUGGCAAACUCUGUGCAAAAAAUGUUAACAUUAAUGGUGUUAUAUUUAUGAAUUUUUAUAACCAGUGUACUGAAAUGCAGACUCAUCUUAUCGCCCAACCAUACCCCAAACUCACACUGUUUGUAGCUUGGCUAUCUGCCAUUACAUGACCGAUCCAAAUUAAAUCCACUGUCUUUGUCAGUGUCAUAAAAUGUAGUGCCUCUGCUGCCAGUUAAAUGAAUUCAGUCACUGCGGGCUGCCAGCUCAGUUUUUCCUCUGGUCUCUGGUAGCUUACAUAAUCAUUUUUCCAAUUAGUUCCACAGAGUUUCAGAAAAAGAGAGAACAGGUAUCAGGCCAGUACUCGGUGUCUGCAGAUGUCCUCAGGAGAGAAAAGGUUGGAACUGUGCAUCCCUAGUUUUUCCAGUUUCAGCAUUAUCGCACUGUACUGAGAGGUAUUUCAGUGCCUUGGACAUGUCAUGGUAUCCUCUCCCUGAUUGGUACGUUUUUAAUGUUCCUUGGUCUUCAUAAUGUGGGACAUCUCCAGAUAUGGACAUUGCAUUUAACCUAAAAUUACAUGUCAUACUUUGAUUACACACAAAUCAUGUUAAUUCAACUUAAUAUGUGGCCUCUAAAAACAGCAGGGCGAUUGAUGAUUUAAAUGUGUCACAGUAAAAGGAAUGUUGGUGUUUGCCUAUGCAGUAAUUUAUUAUCAGUAGAGAUUUGUUUUACAUUAUAUUAAAGUUUGUUCAUACUC